GUUUCUGCUCCCUUUAUUUGGUUAUUGAAAGUUGCGCGGUGACUCUUUUAAUUGUUCCUUGAUGUUUGUUAUGAUACAAGUCCAUUUAAGAAAAUGGGAUUCAGACAAGCCUGGAAAAUUCUUUUGAUCUCUAUUAUUUCUUGUUGUAUCAUACAAUCAUAUCACUGUAAUGCAUCAGACACCAUUCAGCAAUCCUGGAAACUUUUAGUAGGGGAAACAUUAACAUCUGCUAGUCAAGUUUUUGAAUUUGGAUUCUUUACUCCAGCCAAUUCCGAUAAAAGGUACCUGGGGAUAUGGUUUAAAAAUAUCCCUCCUAUUAAAGUUGUGUGGGUUGCAAACAGAGAAAGUCCACUUAAAGUUUCUGAUUCCACUGUGAGUCUAUCAAUUAGCGAAUAUGGAAACUUGGUGCUUCUUGAUGGUACACAGAAUGUUAUCUGGUCAAGCAAUGUGUCUGUCCCUACUAAUAACACAGUUGCAGUUGUUCUCCUGGACAGUGGGAAUUUAGUGCUUAAAGAUAAUGUCUCGGGACAAUCCUUCUGGGAAAGUUUCGAUUAUCCUUGUGAUACUUUCUUGCCAGGAAUGAAAAUAGGUUUUAACAGUAAAACCGGGGAGAAAUGGCUCUUGUCUUCUUGGCAGAAGGAAAAUGACCCCUCACUCGGAAAUUUUUCUAUAGGAAUCUCGGAGCAACUUUCUCCUCAGUUUUUUAUAUGGAACAAAGUUACUCCUUACUACAGAACCGGGGAGUGGAAUGGACUGAAGUUCAUUGGUUUGCCUUAUAUAGAUUCAGCUGCCUAUAUAAUUCAAUUUGUUUUUCAGCAAGACUUUCAAGAGGGAACCACAUAUUUCACCUUUCUUCCAAAUACUUCAUUCCUAACUUUCGUGGAACUUCAGUCUACGGGGUCUGUUCAAGUUGUUCAGUGGACCAGUGGAGCUCCAGCUUGGGAAAUUUAUGCUACAAUGGUACAUGCACCAUGUGAUAUAUAUAACACAUGUGGACCUUCAGCAGUCUGCAGCAAGCAUAACUUCCCAACUUGCAGCUGCUUAAGAGGGUUCGUGCCACACUCUAGUGAUGAAUGGAGCAAAGGAAACUGGACAGGUGGUUGUGUGAGACGAACUGAAUUACUAUGUCAGCAAAAGGGAAAUAGCUUGUCUCCAGGGGUUGGACUGCAGGACGGAUUUUUUAAGCUUAGUGGACUGAAACUGCCUGAUCUUGCUGCUAUUUUUCGCCUUGACAGUGCAAGUGAAUGUGAAAAAUUGUGCUUAAACAAUUGUUCUUGCACUGCUUAUGCUUAUGUGGCAGGAAUUAGGUGUAUGGUGUGGUCUGGUGAUCUUUUAGAUAUGCAGGAUUACUCAUACUCCGGGGAAGAUCUUUUCCUUCGACUUGCCUACUCAGAGUUAGUUUUUUCAGGUAAGAGGAAGCGUAAAAGAGCACUAAUCAUAUGUUCUGCAGUAUUUUCUUGUCUCUUUUUGGGAUUUGCUCUAUUUUGUUUGCUCAAGCACAAGAUUUAUAUAACAGGACAGAAGAGAAAAGUAGCCAGAAGCUUUAGUCUGGGUGAUUCAUGCUACAUUUCAAAAGACUACACAGUGGAAAGUUUAUGGGUUGGUAAUUUAAAGAAAGAAGAUCCAAUUGAACUUCCGCUGAUUGAAUUUGAGGUAAUUGUCACAGCAACAAACAACUUCAAAGUAGAAAACAAACUUGGGGAAGGAGGAUUUGGUCCGGUUUUCAAGGGAAAGCUAAAAGAUGGUCCAGAAAUAGCAGUGAAAAGACUUUCUAAUCGAACGGGGCAAGGCAUAGAGGAGUUCAAGAAUGAAAUCGUAUUGAUAUCAAAACUCCAGCACAGGAAUCUUGUACGACUCCUGGGAUGUUGCAUUGAAGGGGAAGAACUUCUUAUAAUAUAUGAAUACAUGCCAAAUAGAAGCUUGGAUAAAUCUCUCUUUGAUGCUUCACAAAAAGAACUGCUAGAUUGGCCUAAACGGUUCAACAUCAUUCAAGGUGUUGCUAGAGGGCUAUUAUAUCUACACCGAGAUUCUUGUUUGAACAUUAUCCACCGGGAUUUGAAGGUAAGCAAUAUCCUUUUGGAUGAGGAGAUGAAUCCAAAAAUUUCAGACUUUGGUUUAGCAAGGACAUUUCAAAAGCAGCAGCAACUAGUGCAUACUCACCGAGUAGCUGGAACAUAUGGAUACAUGUCUCCUGAAUAUGCUUUGAGGGGAGUAUUCUCCGAGAAAUCUGAUGUCUUCAGCUUCGGAGUCUUGUUAUUAGAAAUCAUAAGUGGCAAGAAGAAUUCAAGUUUCCAUUAUGUUGAAGAAAAUCUUAACCUCCUCAAUUAUGCAUGGAAAUUGUGGAGUGAACAAAGAGGAUUAGACUUUAUGGAUGGGACAUUGAUCAACUCAUUUUCUCCAGAAGAGAUAACGCGAUGCCUACACGUUGGCCUUCUCUGUGUUCAAGAGCAUCCUAGGGACCGUCCUACUAUGGCUGACAUAAUUCUCAUGCUAAACAGUGAAAUGAAAUGCUCAAGUCCUAAACAACCCACAUUUAAGUUUGAAACAUACUUGGAUCUUGGAGGAUCAGUAAAAGAUAACGAAAGAUGUUCUAUUAAUGAGUUAAGUGCAUCGUUGUCUCAAGGACGAAACAUAGAAUUUGAAAUCAACUUUGUGACAUUUCAUUUUCAAGGGAAGACUUUAGAAGACGAAGAAAGAACCAUAAAAGAGAGAAGGGGGGAUGUGUACCAAAAUACCAUCUUCCUUCCUUCCCUCUUCCUAUCAAACAAGAGAACAAGUACACCAACAAAUGUCUCAAACACCAACACUGCAGCAAAACAAAAUACUCUUUUCUUAAAUUCCACAAUGAGAAACACCAAAGAUUACUACUUUCACCAAUUUUUGUUCUUGAUUUUGAUUUCUCAAUUUCUUCAUCCAAUUCUUGCUAUACCCACUGAUACAAUCACCCCAACACAGCCUUUAACCAAAGAUCAAACCUUAGUAUCUUCCGAUCAACACUUUGAAUUAGGCUUUUUCUCUCCCGGCGGUGCAAAUUCAGACAAAUGGUAUAUCGGUAUUUGGUACAAAGAGAUUCAAGACAGGACUAUUGUCUGGGUUGCAAACAGAGCUAAACCCCUUUCAGCUUCAUCAACAUCAGUCCUAAAAAUCGCAGAAAUUGGUACCCUUCUUCUCGUCGAUGGUCAAACUGGAAAUUCCGUCUGGUCUUCCGAGCAAACUCCGGCGACCAACGUAGUAGCCCAACUCCUUGACUCCGGGAACUUUGUCAUUCGACCGGAAAACGAUGACAGAGAACAGAGCUACCUGUGGCAGAGCUUUGAUUAUCCAACAAACACUUUAUUACCUGGGAUGAAACUUGGGUGGGAUUCAAAAUCCGGGAUGAACAGAAACAUAACAUCAUGGAAAUCAGCAAUCGAUCCAGCUCCCGGAGAUUACACCUUCAAGAUCAACACCAGUGGGUUCCCGGAAGUUUACUUAACAAAUAAACAACAAAUUAUCUACAGGAGCGGCGCUUGGAAUGGAAUUAGAUUCAGUGGGGUACCGGAAAUGAAGGCAAGUGAGAUUAUCUCAUUCGAAUUUCAGUUCAAAUCAGAUGAAAUUACUUACAUGUUCAAAUUACACAACAAAACUUUAUACUCAAGAUUGUCUGUGAAUCAUACUGGUUAUCUUGAAAGAUUCACUUGGAUCCCAACAAGCAACAUGUGGAAUCGAUUUUGGUAUGCUCCAAAAGAUCAAUGUGACGGAUACACAGAGUGUGGGGUAUCUGGAAUUUGUGACACAAAUAUUUCACCAAUCUGCAAAUGUAUGGUGGGAUUCAAGCCUAAAAAUCAAGUGGCCUGGGAAUUGCGAGAUGGGUCUGAUGGUUGUGUUCGAUUUCAUAAAUUCGAUUGUAAAACUGAUAAAUUUAACGUAUUGAGGAACAUGAAGUUGCCAGAUACGACGAAUUCGUUUGUGGAUACAAAUAUGAAUUUGGAUGAAUGUGAAGCUAUGUGUAUGAACAAUUGUUCUUGCACGGCCUAUACAAAUUCGAAUAUUAGCGGAAGUGGGUCGGGUUGUGUGAUUUGGAGCACCGAACUUAUUGACAUGCGGCAGUAUACGGCGGCGGAAGGUGGCCAAGUUCUCUACGUUAGGGUGGCUUCUUCUGACGCAGUGCAAAUUGGAGGUGUGGGAUCUGGAAAUAGUUCUGGCAAGACAAAAAUAGUUGCAAUAGCUGCUGGGGUUACAGUUGGUAUAGCUCUUGUGCUAUUUGGACUAACCCUUUGCUUCUUAUCAAAGAGAAGAAAACAUCAAGGUUCAAUCCGAACUAAAUCCGUAAACAGAGGCACUAGCGAACGAAGUCAAGAACUUCUGAUGAAUGCAACUAUUAUUCCAAGUAAAAGAGAAUUUUCUGGUGAAACUUCCACGGAAGAGUUUGAAUUGCCAUUAUUUGAUUUCAGCACCCUAGCUACGGCUACAGAAAAUUUUUCUGAUGCGACUAAGUUGGGCCAAGGUGGAUUUGGUUGUGUUUACAAGGCAAUGCUGGUUGGUCAAGAAGUAGCAGUCAAAAGGCUCUCGAAGAAUUCCGGACAAGGAGUAGAGGAAUUUAAAAAUGAGCUAAGAUUAAUUGCCAGGCUUCAACACAGAAAUCUAGUCCGGCUUCUUGGCUGUUGUGUUGAUAUGGAAGAGAAGAUGCUGAUCUAUGAAUACCUGGAGAAUAAAAGUUUAGAUUCAAUUUUGUUCAAUAAACAGAAUAGCUCGCUGCUCAACUGGCAAAGGCGGUUCAAUAUUAUUUGUGGUAUUGCUCGGGGGCUUCUAUACCUUCACCAAGAUUCAAGAUUUAGGAUUAUCCACAGAGACCUUAAAGCAAGCAAUAUUCUGCUUGAUAAGGAUUUGACCCCCAAAAUAUCAGAUUUUGGCAUGGCAAGAAUAUUUGGCGGAGAUGAGACUGAAGGAAAUACAAAAAGAGUAGUUGGAACCUAUGGUUACAUGUCUCCGGAAUAUGCAAUGGAUGGCCUCUUCUCUGUUAAGUCCGAUGUUUUCAGCUUUGGGGUUUUGGUGUUAGAAAUAGUAACCGGGAAGAAGAACAGGGGAUUCUAUUAUCAAAAUAACCAACUCAACCUUCUUGGACAUGCGUGGAGACAAUGGAAAGAAGGGAGCGGCUCAGAGUUACUAGAUCCAUCUUUUGGAGAAUCGUUUUCUCCGUCUGAAGUAAUGAGAUGCAUACAGGUUGGACUGUUGUGUGUCCAGGAACAAGCGGAAGACAGACCAAACAUGGCCACUGUGGUUUUGAUGUUAGGCAGUGAAAGCGCGUCACUACCUCAGCCUAAAAACCCAGGAUUUUGCCUUGGAAGAAGACCCGUUGAUUCUGAUUCAUAUUCGACUAAUUAUGAAGAAACUUGCACUGUCAAUCAAGUUACAGUUACCAUGAUAGAUCCCCGGUAGUUGAUGGUGUCGCCCUCAAGAAGUGUAUAUUACUACAAGAGGUUCACAAUUUUCUCUUGUAUACUUUCUCAGUUUUUGCUUUUUUGGUAAGUUUUGUGUAAGAUAAAGAGUAUAAUUAGGUCUUUUUUUCUCAUUACAUACAAUUGUGGGUUCAAAAAUCUCUUUUUUCAUCAUCAAUGUAAUAGUCCAAUCAUUCCUUUUCCA